AUGCUGCCCAGAAUCAUAUUCUGCACUGCAAUAGCGUUAGCCACUUUGGCAGUAAUUCUCUUGGCUUUGGUAUCCCCAGUAGUUCACAAGAGACAAUCAAAGAACCACUCCAGUCCCCGGUUGGCUCUAUCCUUAUAUAUUCAACCACCAUAUAUUGCGAGCUCUAAAACACGACCAGUCUCAAAAUCUGAUGGUGGAGCAUUUAUUUUUCAUCAUACACUCACAGAGGGACCUGAGAACACUUCUCGGGCAGUUGGAAAAGCUCAAGGUUUCAUUGUCCCAAUUGAACAUUUUGCACAUUCUGCAUUCAACGUCAUUUAUCUCACAUUUGAAACACCUCAGUAUUCUGGUAGCCUCAGUGUUCAGGCCAACCAAGUUAAUCACAAAGAUACGGAGAAACUAACUGUGGUUGGAGGUACAGGUUCUUUCGCUUUCGCUCGUGGACAUGCUGUAUUUGCGCUGACUGAUCGCCAAACUUAUCAUGUAAAGCUUCAGCUUAAGUUUCCAAAUCCAUCUCAUACAAUUCCCGGAUGAACCAGAUCCUUAUUCUUGAUUUUGUUGCUCCUUAAUAUUCCUUUUUUUUUAUUGUUAUAUAUAGUAAUUCUUUCCUCUCUUUUUUUUCCCCUU